AGUUCUAGGGUCAGGGGUCACUCGUAAGCAGCGUUGUUGAAGUACAAUAUACGAUUAUCAAGUGUUUAUUCUUAAUUAUGAGAGUCUCUAACGUUACCGAUUUACUCAUGUGCUAUAUUUAAAACCCUUUACAAAAUAGAUUUUUCUGGAUUUCUCCCCAGUCCUCUGUUUUUACGUCUAAUAUUAAACCGGACCGAAAGACAGUUGUUAACUUGUUAGCUUUCAAUACUUCUUGUAGUUUUCUGAUCAGGUGUUAUAACGAGAACAGUUUCGGCGUCUGGGUAAAAUAUAUACAUAAUUCAAAAUGCAGGAAUUAAUUGCCUGUGUCGAUCACAUCAAAUUUGAUCUAGAAAUGGCUGUAGAGCAGCAGCUAGGUGCUCAACCAUUGCCUUUUCCCGGAAUGGAUAAAUCGGGUGCUGCUGUGUGUGAGUUCUUCAUGCGAGCUGCCUGUAUGAAAGGUGGAAUGUGUCCAUUCAGACAUAUCAGCGGAGAAAAGACUGUGGUUUGCAAGCACUGGCUUAGAGGAUUAUGCAAGAAGGGAGAUCAAUGUGAAUUUUUACACGAGUAUGAUAUGACAAAGAUGCCUGAGUGCUAUUUCUACUCAAAAUUUGGAGAGUGCAGUAACAAAGAGUGUCCAUUCUUACACAUUGACCCAGAAUCUAAGAUUAAAGAUUGCCCAUGGUAUGAUAGGGGUUUUUGUAAACAUGGUCCGGAUUGCAGGCAUAGACACACAAGAAGAGUAAUCUGUGUAAAUUACCUUGUUGGUUUCUGUCCAGAGGGGAAGUCAUGCAAGUUUAUGCACCCGAGAUUUGAACUUCCUAUGGGUGCAACUGAACAGCCACCACUGCAGCAACAAGUACAGUCCCAACAAAGGCAACAAAACACACAGCCCACAAACAGAUCAUCACAGUCACUCAUUCAGUUGACAAACCCCAAUGUAAACAUAAACAACCACCAGAGAAUGCCAAACGCUGUUGGGAUAGUGCAGCAUAAUAGUAACAUGGGUGGAUCUCGUGGUCCUCGUCCACUGGAACAAGUUACAUGUUACAAGUGUGGUGAAAAAGGCCAUUAUGCAAACAAAUGCACUAAAGGUCACUUGGCUUUCCUGAGUGGACAGUAACCGGUGACUUCAUUUCUACAAGAGGAUUUCCAAAAAUGAUGGCCGUCACAUCCAGAUUUACAUUUGAUUACUGGGUACAUUAACCUUUUAUUGCAAAGGUUAUAGUUGAGUGACAUGAAUUUGGUUCUACCUCAUUGUCCAUGUGCCAACUGCUCUUGUGGACAUGUCACAGAAAAUAUAUAUUAUACAGGUAGAAUGAACAGUCACUAAACUUGGUUUUUUUCUUGUCACAUAUUCAUACUUUGAAACAAGAUCUUUGUAUUGAAGCUACAAGCCUCUCGCCUCUUAAACCAGAGCAUUGCUGAUAAUAGAGGACAAUUUAUUAGAUUUUUUUUAGGGAGAGUAUUUUGAAGUUCAGUGGCAGUGAGGACAUUACUUAGUUGUCUAUCAGGAUAAUCGAUGUAAAAAAAGCUGUAGGGAUGUUGUCUUAUAAUAAAAAUAAACUGGAAAGUUA